GCCUCCCGUGCAUGUGGAGUUAAUAGUGUGAGGGGUUCUGAGUGCGUGGGUGCAACUAGACUAUUGUAGGGAAAGAAGAACAGGUCGGUUUCGAAUCGCACCAACUGCGUGGGAGUAAUUUAAAGCUACUCGCGGCCACGACGCCGCCCUGAACUUUAGCCGCUCGCUGCUCGGAUUUGGGGAAAUCCUCCAGCGUCUGUUGGGAUGAGGGGAGACGUUUGAACAUUCUCUAGGAUUCGGACGGUGGAAAUAAGGAGGAAGGAACACGGCGUUGUACGGUUGCGCGUGAUAAAUCGGUGAAUGCAAUGGAGCAGCAGCAGCAGCAGCGACAGAGAGCUCUAUCCACGUCAGGAGAAUCGCUGUACGCUGUGCUGGGAGUGGACAAGAAUGCUACCACAGAGGAAAUAAAGAAAUGUUACAGGAAACUGGCAUUAAAGUUUCACCCAGAUAAGAAUCCUGACAAUCCAGAGGCGGCCGAGAAAUUCAAAGAGAUAAACAACGCUCAUUCCAUCUUGAGCGACAGCACCAAGAAGAACAUCUAUGACAAGUAUGGCUCCCUGGGCCUCUAUGUGGCCGAGCAAUUCGGAGAGGAGAACGUCAACACCUACUUUGUUCUGUCCAGCUGGUGGGCCAAGGCAUUGUUUGUCUUCUGCUGCUUGUCCACCGGUUGUUACUUCUGCUGCUGCCUGUGCUGCUGCUGCAACUGCUGCUGCGGCAAAUGCAAACCUCGGCCACCCAUGGACCAGGAGCCCGAUUUCUAUGUGUCCCCCGAGGAUCUGGAGGCCCAGAUGACGGCCGACGAGAGAGAUGGAAGCAACGAGCCCAUCGUGAUGCAGCCGUCCUCUGCCACAGAAACCACGCAGCUCACCGCUGAGACCCACCAAAGCUACCGGACUGAUGCAUAUUAGAAAGACACACACACACACACACACACACACACACACACACACACACACACACACACACACACACACACACACAGGUCCUCUCAUUCAGUCAGCAUCAUGCUGCGUGGUCAAUAGACUUCCAGCAAGGGAAGACAGAAUGUUGUGGAAAUAACAACUGACAAUCAUCUGGGUCCUCCACUCUCCAUCAUCUCCUGCCUUCAUGAUUCCUUCAGGGUUCCUUCAAACCGAGAAGAGUGAAACACAAAUCAAAAUGUUUAGACCUUAUGUUCUGUUUUAAAUGUGAUGAUAGUGAGCAGAUGAUAAUAUUGUUCUAUUUAUUUCAAGUUUCUUAACUUUUUAACAUGUUUGUGUCGACUGUGUGGUCAUAGAAAUUUGCAUAAGUUGGGUUUCAUGUCAGACCCACAUGUUAGUGCGUAACAUGGAACUCUUAUGAUUCAUCAGAAGAAUAAAACAUUUGACUUCUC